GUAGGUAUAGUCCGAAACAAGUCACCAUGCAGUUCUCCACUUUCCUGAUGGCCAUCUUUGUGGUAACUACGCUGUUGUUGUUCAGCGCUCCAGCAACUGAGGGCACCAUUAUUUUCAUCGCUUGCAUGCUGCGGUCACCAUUGUGCCCAUGGAUCACCACAGCUACACCUAAAAAAGUUACAUGAUUGGAUCUGCUGCCGAUUUAGCUCACCCUUGAUACGAUACUUAACAUGCACCUCAACUUAAUAAAAUUAUUUUUUGUCGCAUUA